AUGGAAACUGAUCCAGAUAAAGCACAAUCACUUAGAACAAGAGGCGAUAUAUAUAGAAUAUUGAAUAAAUGUGAAGAUGCUAUUAAGGAUUUAAAUAAAUCUUUGGAAAUUGAACCUAAUAAUGUAUAUGCUUUAAGAGUUCGUGGUAGUGUUUAUACAAAAUUGAAAAAUUUUGAUGAUGCUUUUAAAGAUUUAAAUAAAGCCUUAGAACUUGAUCCUGUCAAUUCUUAUGCUUUAGGUGUUCGUGCUGAAGUUUAUACAAAAUUAAGAAAAUUUGAUGAUGCUCUUAAUGAUUCAAAUAAAGCUUUAGAAAUCGAUCCUGAUAAUUCUUAUGUAUUAGGUGUUCGUGGUGAAAUUUAUUUAAAGUUGAAAAAUUAUGACAAAGCUCUUGAAGAUUUAAAUAAAUCUUUAAAAUUUGAUCCUGAUAAUUCUUAUGUGUUAAGUGUUCGUGGUGAAGUUUAUUUAAAGUUGGAUAAUUAUGAUGAAGCCUUUAAAAAUCUUGAUAAAGCUUUAGAAAUUGAUCAAAACAAUUCUUAUGCUUUAGGUGUUCGUGGUGAAGUUUAUUAUAUGAUAGAAAAUUAUGAUGAAGUAUUUAAAAAUUUUAAUAAAGCUUUAGAAAUUGAUCCGGAAAAUUCUUACGUAUUAGAAAUUCGUGGUGAUAUAUUUAGAAUGUGGGGUAAAUAUGAUGAAUCGCUUAAGGAUUUCAGUACUAUACUAGAAAGAGAUCCAAAAAAUACUUAUGCUUUGGCAAUCCGAGGUAGAGUCUACGGAAUAUUAGACAAAUAUAAAGAUGCUCUUAAUGAUUUAGACAAUUUAUUAGACUUAGAUCCGGAUAAUACAUGGGCAUUGACAACUCGUGGUGAUGUUUACAGAAGGCAAUGGAAAUAUAAUGAUGCACUUAUUGAUUUAGACAAAUCAUUAAAGCUCGAUCCAAGUAAUUCAUUUGCUUGGAGAAUUCGAGGGAUGACAUAUUAUUCAUUAAACAAACAUAUAAAUGCAAUUAUGGAUUUGGAUAAAUCAUUAAAAUUGGAAAAUGAUUAUGAAUUCAAACUCAAAAUGUUAAGAAUUUAUCAUCAAAUUGGUUUACAUUUAUAA